GUUGAUGGUGGAUGGAGGAGAGCGAGAGGAGUGUUCGUGAAGUGGUCAUUGUUGAGGAGCACCCUCUCGGCUGGCGAAGCUUCCUCGGUGAUGAGUGCAUGUGUUUCCCGGUGGGCACAGAUAUGUGACAACCACAAUAAAUAAAAAAAAGGUUCUGGAUGCUGCACACUGCCUGCCUGCUGUAUUCACACUGCAAUCAAGAGCAGGGAUCUGGAAUAGGACUACGCACACCGACCAUCGUGUCAUGGACUUGAAUUGUGUCUCUCUGGAAUAACACUCUCCGUCUCUUACAUGGGGGUCACCCGUGCUAAGGGUCCUUCCAAGUGGGCACUCUUGUGUCCAUUUUCUGACACCACAAAACUCUUGUAGUACCUUCAACCAGGAUUUACACCCAGGUUUACUGGAUCAAAAACCUAGUACACUGACCAAAAGCAAGGCUCAUUGGACUCUUAUUGCACUGGAAACAUCUUUCCAAAGAGUCCCUCCAGCUAGGCACCCAACAGAUGGCUUUGUGUUUAACCGUCCCUUUCCUGACACCAAUUACCAAAUAACUCAGAGUAGUACUUUGACGCAGCUUUAAAACCAGUUUUACUGGAUUUAAAAACCCUGCGCACUGACCAAAAACCAGGCUCAUGGGAGUCUUAUCGCACUGGAAUUAUCCGUCCUAAGAGUCCCUCCAACUAGGCACCCAACAGAUGGCCUUGUGUUUAACUAUCCCACUUCUGACACCAAUUAUCAAAUAACUCAGAGUAGACCUUCAAUGCAGAUUUGAACCCAGGUUUAUUUGGUUGAGAAAGCUGUGCACUAACCAUGAGUCAGGCUAUUUGUGGGUUUAAUAGUGUCCUAAGAAUCCUUCCAACUGGGCACUCUACAGAAGGCUUCCCUUCUCUCUUCCGACACCAAUUUGCACAUAACUCUGAGGAGUAGUACCUUUAAACUAGAUAUAAACCCAAGUGCAUUGGGUUGACAAAGCUGUACACUAACCAAAAGUCAGGCUCUUUGGGAGUCUUAUAAUCAGGGUUCUUCAGGUGGAAGGCUAAUGUCACUCAUAGGCGUCCCAUUCCAAUCAUUAAUCUUCAAGGUCUCUUGCACCUAUCCCAAGGGUCUCCUUAAAGGAGCAUGUCACUUUGUUCACCAUUUACCACAGAAUUCUGAGGAGUACCUCAGAAAAAACCUGCAUGUGGACCAAGGUUAAUUGGGUUUAAAAACAUGUUUAGUGUCCACGACAACCAAAGAGUCAGGCUCUUUGACUUGGUAGUAAGAUCGGACGCAUGGCACGGCUGCUCGGUCACACAAACUCCCCUGUCCAGUAUCAGGCCCAUGUUGCUCACAGGUGUGCCAGUGCGCCAAUCAGCUAUCCCAAGCAUCCUUCCAAAUGGAUUAUCCCACUUCUGACACCAUUUCUCAUGAAACUCUAAAAUCUCAGAUUUUAGACCCAUGCAAAUAUGUUUAUGUGUGCACCUAUUUACCAGCAGUGUGAUGUCGUUUUAGAGAAAAUAUGCAGAAAACAAGCCACUUUCCAACAUGAAUUGUCAAAAUAUACCUCUGUAAGGUCAUCAUUAUAUUUUCUCAGUGUGUUGCUGCAUGCAUCCUGCAGCUGUAUUUGACGCAUGGUCAUUAUAAUGGUUCAUUUAGUAAAGCACCAUCUUUCAAAUUAUGUUAUGAUCAGGAUGACUAAAUGUGUUCAUUACCUUAAUGGCUUUUAUGACAAUGUCUAAACAUCCCCUAUGGUGAAACAUAAACUAUAAGGUGUGCACACCACAGGACAGAGUCCAGCAUCAUUGUGGUACAGGCACAGAUGGUCCCUUUGCUUCACAAUAUGACGCUAGCUCCUCUGACUCAAAACUGCUCCAACUGCAGCCAAGUGUUGGCCGCAGAGUUCAGCGUGACUAAGGCUGUGCUUCUGGGUCUGGUGUUGGGAGUCUUCAUUGCAUUCGGAAUAGUUGGAAACAUCCUGGUUAUCCUCUCAGUAGUUUGCCACAGACACCUGCGGACAGUGACUCAUUAUUUCAUCGUAAAUUUAGCAGUCGCAGACUUGCUACUGAGCUCCACGGUGCUACCCUUCUCCGCCAUAUUCGAGAUCCUGGACCGGUGGGUUUUUGGCCGAGCCUUUUGUAAUGUUUGGGCAGCUGUAGAUGUGCUCUGCUGCACCGCCUCAAUCAUGAGCCUAUGUGUGAUCUCUGUGGACCGCUACAUUGGGGUCAGUUACCCCCUGCGUUAUCCAGCUAUAAUGACAAAGCACAGAGCCCUACUGGCUGUCAUGCUGCUGUGGGUGCUGUCUGUCAUCAUAUCCAUCGGACCACUCUUUGGCUGGAAAGAGCCGGCGCCGGAGGACGAUUCCAUCUGCAAGAUCACAGAGGAGCCGGGCUAUGCCAUCUUCUCUGCAGUGGGCUCCUUCUACCUCCCCCUUGCCAUUAUUCUGUCUAUGUACUGUCGGGUGUACGUGGUGGCCCGCAGAGAGAGCCAGGGCCUGAAGGAGGGCCACAAGACAGAGAAGUCAGAUUCAGAAUUUGUGAUACUACGGAUCCAUAGAGGCAACACAACUGUGAGCGAGGAUGAGGCACUUCGCAGCCGCACACAUUUUGCCCUUCGUUUGCGGAGGUUCUCUCGGGAGAAGAAGGCUGCUAAGACCUUGGGCAUCGUUGUAGGCUGCUUCGUGCUGUGCUGGCUGCCUUUCUUCCUGGUCCUUCCCAUCAGCUCCAUAUUCCCCGCUUACAGACCACCAGACACAGUGUUCAAGAUCACCUUCUGGUUGGGCUACUUCAACAGCUGCAUCAACCCCAUCAUCUACCCAUGCUCCAACCAAGAGUUCAAGAAGGCCUUCCAGAGUUUACUGGCAGUUAAAUGUCUGAGAGGCACUCCCCGACAGCAUCAUCAUCAUCAUCUAGGCCUGAAUCCAACACCAAGCCACAACCAGUGCCUGACUCUGAACCUUGCCGACGGGGGCGCAUCCUGUCGGCUCAGCCCCUCCUCCCCAGUCGCCCUUUCCAGAACCCCGUCCUCCCGGGACAGUAGGGAGUGGAGGGUUUUAUCGGACGGUCCCACCGGGGGAAAAGUGGCCAAGCUGUGCAGUAAAAGUGUCCGGCGGACCUGCUGCUGCAUCCGCAGUGGUGGGAGGCCCUCACAGGAGGAAAACUUUGCCCCGGCCCCUCCAGUCCUUCCCACCAUUAAAAUCCAUCAACUGUCCUUGUCGGAUAAAGGGGAGCCUGUAUAAGCACUGUAGUCCAUCAGGCAUGACUUUAAAAGGUCAUGUCAUACACACGUGUUAUAUAUUACUGUUUAAUUGCAUGAUGAAUAAUGUAAGGCACCACACUUCUAUGUCACAUGACAACACAUGUGUAUUCAGUUUCUAUCCCCAUGGUAUGAAAAACUAAAAA